AUGGCCGCGUCGAGCAACACGUUGGAAGCCUUGACGUCGUCGUUCACCACCUGGGCAGAGACGCUCGGUGCUGGGGUGCACCUUGAUGACCGCAGUUCUGAAGCCACCCUAGCCGACCAUGGCCGAUGUGAAUCCCGCCUCAUGGCCUCCAUCUGCGCCCGCGACUGCUGCAUGGCGUCCUUGCCGCCAAAGCCAGGCUGCUGGACAAUGGCGUCGUCGUCACCUCAGCCAGGAAGCCAGUUUUUGCAAAAAAAAAAUGACUAUUUGUCAAUUCUCCAAAAACGCAGAAUUAUGCAAAAGCAAUAUGGUGAAACGGCUGUGGUGGGUUUCUGUUCGACGCGAAUUGCUUGGUACAAUGGCUUCAUGCAAUACUGUCCAUUAUGCAACCAGGUUGCAGCUAGGGUAAAAUCGGAUGAUGAAAAAGACGAGUGGUUUGUGGUGAAGGUCAUACAUUUCGAUAAGGAAACAAAAGAAUUUGAAGUACUGGAUGAGGAGCCUGGUGAUGAUGAAGAGAGUGCCCAAAAGUUUGAGAGGAAAUACAAGUUGCCUAUGUCAUAUAUUAUUCCAUUUCCAAAGAAAGGAGAUCCGUCUAGUGCUCAGGAUUUUGGACAGGGUCGGCAAGUCUUAGCUGUUUAUCCUGGCACAACAGCAUUAUAUAGGGCUACCGUAGCCUCUCAACGUAAGGUGUUCUGUUAUGUACCAUAGAUGGACAAAUAAGGGCUCUUAGCAGUGUUCCCGAUACAAGACAUGGUAGCUGUUACCUCUGUCAAGAUGGGUAAAGCGUCUCAACUCUCCUGGUGGAGAGCCCGCAUAUUAUAUAUUCAUAGGAUGGGGCUUAUCCCAUAAAUGCAUACACUUGAUUGUUACAAUUGUGCGUAGCACGUUGAGAGUAAGAGAGAUACACGGAGGUUUACAAGAGAGUUAAAGAAGAGAGUUACAGGCAUCAACUUCUAAUAAACCAUGUACGUUUAAUCUUGAUCUUUAACUAGACAUCCAUAACAUCCGCCAUAAGAUAUCCAUAACAGCCGCCAUAAUAUAUCUUUAACA